AUGGAUAGCGUGUCGCAGCCGGGUGACAUAAUGAUAGGCGUGAUGUUACCGAUUCACAUGGACAAGGUUUAUCAACAAGUCUUCUUCACGGAGAGGCCACCGGGGAUCACGUGUACCAUGUUCCACAGUGAGAGCUUUGAGCAGUUCCAAGCCCUGAGAUUUGCCGUGGAAGAAAUCAACCGAAGUCACCGAAUUCUCCCGAAUAUUACCCUGGGCUUCCAGGUUUACGAUUCGUGUGCUGCCCUUCAUCAAGACUUAGACGGAACUUUACGGCUAUUGACGGGCGCCCACGUGGCCAUUCCAAAUUACCGAUGUCUUCAAGAUGUUCCUCUGAGUUCUAUCAUUGGCCAUUCUGUUUCUACUCAUUCAAUCCUAUUGGCUCACAUUCUUGGUCUAUACAGAUACCCACAGAUCAGUUAUUUCUCAACCAGCCCACUCCUGAGUGACCGCGUAAAGUUCCCUUCUUUCUUCAGGACCGUGCCGAGCGAUGCCUUCCAGUCCCGAGGCCUUGCGCAGCUGGUGUUACGUUUCGGAUGGAUGUGGUUGGGUCUAGUGGCUGUUAACAACGAUUAUGGUCAAGAGGCAUUGCAACUGGUCAAACGAGAGAUAGUCAAGGCAGGAGCAUGCGUCGCCUUCACCGAGAGCAUUAUCAUAGGUCAAGCGGACCGAAAUGCACCACGCCUGGUCAAGGUCAUCAAGGAGUCAACAGCGACGGUUGUCCUUGUCCUCGCCAACGAAAUUGAUUUCCUUCCGGUUCUGGAGGAGAUGCUGAAAGAGAACCUAACAGGGAAAAUAUUUGUUGCCAGCGAGUCUUGGUCCACAUCCAGCCUUAUCUCCCGAGGAAAAUCUUCCACCCUUCUUUCCGGGACCAUCGGCUUAGCGCUCCACGACGGAACGAUACCAGGAUUUGAAAGCUUCUUGAGCGAGGUCCAUCCCGGCUCAUCUCUGGGAGGCGACUGGGUGGAACUUUUUUGGGAGGAAAAGUUUGGCUGCAAAUUUCCAGAUGAUAAAAACCACUCUUUUCCAACAAAAGAUUGCACUGGUGCAGAACGUCUAGACAUGUCCCAGAAUAACAAUCUUCAAUUAAGAGUCACUUAUAAUGUCUACGCUGCGGUCCACGCCGUGGCCAACACCUUGAAUGACCUCAGAGGCUGUAGAGAUGGAGAAGGUCCCUUCCACAAUGGAAGCUGUGCAGACCUUUUGGACUUUAAGCCAUAUCAGCUACUGCACUAUAUGAAGAAGGUGAGGGUCACCCUGAGCAGCGGAAGGGAGCUUUACUUUGAUGAGAACGGGGACCCACCUGCCACCUACGACAUCGUGAAUUGGCAACUAGGAUCUAAUAACACCGUGAGACAUGUCAAAGUGGGGAGUUAUGAUACGACAGGUUCCUCUGGUCAAGUCUUCACCAUCAACACAAGCGCCAUUUUAUGGGCUACUGGAGACCAACAGGUUCCUGUCUCGGUCUGCAGUCAGAGUUGUCCACCUGGUUUCCGGAAAGCAGCUAAAAAUGGGGAGCCUGUCUGCUGCUUCCAUUGUGUCCCAUGUCCCCAAGGAGAGAUCUCCAAUAAUACAGACAUGACUGAUUGCCACAAGUGCGCAUGGGAUGAGUGGCCCAAUCCACAGAAAUCCAGAUGCCUUCCAAAACCCGUAGAGUAUCUCUCCUAUGACGAUCCCUUGGGGAAAAUUAUGACUUCUAUGAGUAUUGUCUCCUCGUUGGUUCCUGUUGCCAUUUUAAGACUUUAUAUCAGCUACAAAACAACUCCCAUUGUGAAAGCCAACAACUACUCCCUCAGUUGUCUUCUUCUGCUGUUUCUGUCCUUCUGUUUUCUUUGCUCCUUGGCUUUUAUUGGUUACCCCCAACCAGAAAAAUGCCUGCUACGUCAAGUUGCCUUCGGGAUGGUUUUUACCUUCUGUAUGUCUUGCAUCUUAGCCAAAACGCUCAUGGUGGUGUUUGCCUUCAUGGCCACCAAACCUAAUAGUACUCUUAAGAAGUGGACUUGCCCUUGGGUGUCCUAUAUAAUUAUUAUUGCAUGUUCUCUUCUACAGUUCAUAUUGUGUAUCGUGUGGCUUUCCCUUUCCCCUCCCUUUCCUGAUAUCAACACUCAAACCCACCCUGGGCUUAUUAUUGUUGAAUGUAAUGAGGGGUCUCCAGCUGCCUUCUGGAGCAUGUUGGGAUAUCUUGGUCUUCUGGCCUCCACCAGUUUUGUUGUUGCUUUCUUGGCCAGAGGGCUCCCGGAUAGCUUCAACGAGGCGAAGUUCAUCACGUUCAGCAUGUUGGCCUUCCUCAGCGUCUGGUUGUCUUACAUCCCGGCUUCCCUCAGCACGCGUGGCAAGUACACGGUGGCCAUGGAGAUCUUCGCCAUCCAGUCUUCCAGCUGGGCCCUGGUCAUCUGCAUGUUUCUUCCAAAGUGUUUCGUCAUACUAGUACGACCCAACCUGAACUCAAGGGAGUGUCUCUUGAGAAAUGACAUGAGAAGAUAA